AUGCACGGUGGGAUACAGCUCUCUUUAUAUACUCUUCUUCAAGCAUUUUGGAUAAUCGGGGGCCGAACUCUGGUUAAGAGUAUAAUUCGUCGUUGUGUCUCAUGUGUACGUGAACAAGCUGUCACAGUUCAACAACUUUUGGGUAGCUUGCCUGAUUUUAGGACAACAACUUGUAGGGCGUUCACUCAUACUGGGGUUGAUUACGCUGGUCUCUUCUCUGCGCGAUUUGCUCCAGGAAGAGGUAAGCCCUCACAUUUAUACAGCGACAAUGGUACUACUUUUCAAGGUGCCAAUCGCGAGUUGAGACAGAAUGUUUCUCAACUUCGAAGAUAUGUUGAUUCAAUGAAUCUUUUCUUAGUGGUAGGUACGACCUGGCAUUUUAUUCCACCCGCAGCACCUUAUUUUGGGGGACUCUGGGAAGCAGGCGUUAAAAGUCUUCAGCAUCAUUUCCGAAAAUGUGACGGUUCACAUACCUUAACUUUCGACGAAUUUACUACGACUCUAGCUAGAAUAGAAUCAUGCCUGAACUCGCGUCGAAUAGGCCCUCUUUCGGAUGACCCUGAUGAUUUCUCGUAUCUGACACCAGGUCAAUUCUUGAUCGGUGCCCCUAUGACUGGUGCUUCUAAACUUUCGGUGGAACUCGUUCCAGAAAAUCGCUUGACCAGGCGGCAGAUCGUGCAACGCAUCGCGGAAAUGUUUUGGCGAAGAUGGAACGUAGAAUAUUUGCAUUCCUUACAACAGCGCUAUAAAUGGAAUCAUGAGCGGCCCAACAUUAAAGAAGGAGAUAUGGUAUUAAGUAAACAUGAUGCUCUCCCGCCUUCGAGAUGA